AUGCAGAUUGUACUAGUCGUUGCCGCCCUCGUGGCCGUCGCCCUGGCCGCCCCCGCCGCACCCCCCGCACCCGCCGCACCCGCGGAAAAGGAGCCCGUCAAAAUUCUUCGUUCCGAUUUCGAACAGCAGCCUGAAGGUGCAUACAAUUACGCGUACGAAACUGAAGACGGCAUCAAAAAGGACGAGGCCGGUGAGCUUAAAACAGUCAAUGACGAGGAGAACAAACCCCAAACAGUUGUAGUGGCUCGUGGGUCAUACAGCUACACCGACCCCGAGGGCAAUCCCCACACCUUCACUUACUACGCCGACGAGACCGGCUUCCACGUUGAAAGCGAAGACGUCCCCAAGGCCCCAGCCCAGGCCUAAGCU